UUACUAAAACAUUUUAUUGUCUUUCAUUCAAAUUAAACCGUUGUUAUAAAAGAUUAGUUAAUAAAUUUUGUUUAUUGACUAAAGAUAUGGAUUCAAAACACAUGAAUUACCAAACAUUAGACAAAAAAGCAAUUAUCAAAGGAUUGGAUAAUUUAGGAAAUACUUGUUAUAUGAAUAGUUCGAUUCAGGCUUUACAUGCCAUACCUGAGCUGAGACAACAUAUAUCUCAAAUAAAUUGUAAUAAACCGUUACAUUUAAGUUUCAAGAAAUUGUUCCAUGAGUUGGACAGUAUGACUGAUGAGACAAGUGUUGAUCCAACAAAUUUUUGGCAAACUUUUGCUGAAUUUAAUUCUGAAUUUCAAGAUAAGGAACAACACGACGCUCAGGAGUUUCUUAGAUAUCUCAUCAAUGGAUUACACGACGAGAUUAAUACAGUUCAGGCAAAACCUAAGACACAAACAGACAAACAAAUCAAUAGUAAUAAGGCCUGGGAUUACUAUAACAAAUAUGUGGACAACUCAUAUUUGGUCGACUUAUUUGUAGGACAGUUCAAGUCAACAGUUAGGUGUGAUUAUUGUAAACAUGAAAGUUGUUGUUACGAAACAUUUUGGGAUCUCUCGAUAUCCAUACCAGAAGUCGACCAUCAGAUCACUAUUGUUGAGUGUCUUCGCUAUUAUUUCACAGACGAACAAUUGACUGGCGAUUCGAUGCCCACUUGCGAUACAUGUGCUGCAAGACGUAGUUCAACAAAACUGUUGGCUUUUAGACGGACACCAAAAAUAUUGGUAAUACAACUCAAGAGAUUCUUGAACGACGGCAAAAAAAUCUCGAGAUUAGUGACAAUUGAAACCCAAAUUACAAUCGAUGGACUCGAUUAUAGCAUCUUUGCAUUGAUCACCCAUAAGGGACACACCUGUCUAAAAGGUCAUUAUGUUUGCUAUUGUAAAGUUGAUGACCAGUGGUAUACAUAUGAUGACGAAGAAAUACAUAAGAAAUUUGAGAUGCAUUGGGACGACAUACCCGGCUCUUACAUACUUUUCUAUAGGCAAAUACCCGGUCCAUCCCAUCCUAUUUAA